UAGAAUAAGGCAAAGUGUUUUCACUAUAAUAUCUUUGAAUUAAAAUUCAAUUAGCUUGUAUUUUCACUUUUUUUUAUUCUUAAACAGGAAAAAAAGCAUUAAAUAUUUUUUAUUAUGUCAAAUAUAAUAUAUAACGAACUCUGGAAAAGUGCACAAAUUGCUUUGGAGGAACUUCUUCAAGUGGAUACAACUUUGCAAAAUGCUAAACCGCAAAAAGAUCGUAAGAAAAUUCAUAAUGCGAUUUCAGAAUUAUAUGUAAGAUAUAUUAUUAUCUAUAAUAAAUUAGAACUAUGUUACGAUCAAAUAAUUCAACCACAAAAACGAUUAUUGAUAAAAAAAAUGGUAGUUUCAUGUCUCGGAAGAAUUUUAGAAUUAAAACAUGAAUUAGUCGAGAUAGAUAUUUCAGAGUACAAUUAUUUUGAUGAUAUUCUAAUAAAAUUAAAUGUUACUCCGCAAGAAAUUGAAAUUCAAAUACCCAGAUAUUUUAAACGCGAACGUUUACAAGAAAUUAAGGAAACGAAUUAUAUAGAAAAUACAUUGAAAAAUAUGGAUAUUUUAGAUAAAACAAUUAUACCAAAAAAGAUGACUGAAUUGGAAGCAAUAAAGCUUAUACAGGCUCAUGAACGUGCUAGGCAAGAUCGAUUAAAAUUUCAAUUUAUGAAAGAAAUUCGUCAAAUAAAAGACAAAUCUGCAAUUAAAGCAGAAACAGAGAUAAAAAACGAGCCGAACGAAACAAUAGCUGCGAUAAAAAUUCAAAAAAUUUGGAGAGGAUAUCUAACUAGAUUCAAAAUUCGGAAAAGAUGUCUCGAAGAAAUGUUGUUAAUUGGUAUGCUUCAACCGAGUCAAGAAAUUACUGAAAACGUCAAACAAGUUGAAAGGGUCAAAGAAGAAAGAUAUGAGAAACAAAUAAAGUAUCAAGAAUUAUACGAAAAUUUAAUGGUUACAACUAAAGAAAGGAUACAUAAAGAGAAGAGCGCUAUAAUAGAGGAAAAUAUAAGAACUGAAGUUCGAAAUUGGAUAAAAACUUAUUUCCAACAAACAGGAAAAAUUCCUGAUUUGCCAUCUGCAGAAAGUGGUGGAUCCAGAAUCAUAUUUAGCAGACAAGAAACUGAAAGUACCAUAAGUAAAUCAACAGCAGUAUCAUCAAAGGAAUCCAAAAAAUCUAAAAGAUUAAAAUUAAAAAAAGAUAAUAAUGCUGAACAAUCAGAAGAUGAAACUGAACAAGGUUUCAAAUCAAUCCCUUCUAAUUUUUUAUCAGAAUUAGUACAUGCUAAUCAAGAAUAUCAAGAAAUAUGGAAAAAUAAAGAUGAAAGUAUGAAUGUAGCACAGUUGCCAUAUUUAGAUAUGAUAGAGAAUGAAAUGAUUAAUAAAGUAGAAAAUGAAGUUCGUAUUACAGUUGAUCAAGCACUCAGAGGCGAUAUUGAAACACUACAAAAUGCAUUAGAUAGAGAUAAAGGCAAACGCCCUAAAAAAAGUCAAAAAAGAAUUCGCCGUAACAAAAAAAAUAAAAAGAGAAAAGAGAAGGAUUUGACACCUGAUAGAACAACAGAAUCUUUAUUUGAAGAAUUAUUAACUCAAGGAAUUAUUAAACUUCAUAAAGAAAUUCCACUUAAUGAUUUUAAAGGCGAAAAAUCUUUCUUAAACUAUAAUUUAAAAGAGAAGAAGAUAGAAUCUUUGCCAACACUUGGAGAUAUAAGACAACUGAUAGCUGAAUAUUGUAUUCUUCCUUUGGGAGACAAUACUCUUAGAGAACUUACACCAUUAAUAAGAUCAAUAUUAAUAGCAGGUCCACAUGGCAGUGGUAAAAAAAUGCUAGUAAAUGCAAUUUGCACAGAACUUGGAGCUACAUUAUUUGACAUUACACCAGCUAACAUUGCUGGAAAAUAUCCUGGUAAAUCAGGAUUAAUUAUGCUUAUGCAUUUGAUAUUAAAGGUAUCUCGUUUGCUUCAACCAUCAGUGAUAUUAAUGGAAGGGGCAGAAAAACCAUUUGUAAAAAAAAUUCUAAAAACAGAUAAAACUGAUCCAAAACGUUUAAAAAGAGAUCUUCCCAAAUUAGUAAAAAGUAUUACAAAUGAAGAUAAAGUGAUUCUUAUUGGAACUUCAAGUUCACCAUGGGAUGGAGAUCAAAAACUUUUAUAUCAAACUUAUGAUAAAAUUAUAUAUAUUCCUAGACCAGAUUAUGGAACUAUGUCUCUUAUAUGGAAAGAUUUAUUAUACAAACAUUCUGGAAUUAAUAGACAAUUUGAUACAACUAUUAUGACUAAAAUUUGUGAUGGUUUUACUAUUGGCACUGUAUUAGCGUCAAUUAAUGAGGUAAUGACUACAAAACGAAUAAUGCAAUUAAGAACUCAUCCAUUGACACACGGAGAAUUAAUAAAUGCGUUGAGCUCAAAAGAUCCAGUUUUUUGCGAAGAAGAAUCCGCGUUUUUAGCAUGGCUUUCAAAAACUCCUAUAAAUCGUAAAAAACAACGAGCACUUGAAUUGGAGCUUCAAAACUUGAAAGAAGAAAAUGAAAAAAAGAAAAAAAAGGAAAAAGAUCUUCGUAAAUAAAUUUAUAUAUAAUAAUU